CUCUUUCAAGAUGGCUUCCAGUCCUAGGAGACUUGAAAGACAAAAUAGUGAGGGCUCAGCAGAGAGUCUGAAAACAUUGAACGCAGAUUUGCGCAAUCAUUUAGCCAGACUGCGAACACAACUUGAAUAUCAGAAAGGCGAUAUUAAACAGGCUCAUUGGCAGCGAGUGUUAAAUGUGAGAACUGUCAGAGAAAUAGAACAACAAAAAUGUUCUAGAGCCCUCGAACAAUUAAAAUUUAAACUGGAAGUAGAGAAACAGCGAGAGUUGGAGAACUUGAAAGUUUCUCUACUGAGCAGACACGAAGGAGAGUUACUAAAAAUAACUCGUCAAAGGGACGCGGAAGCCGGAAAAUUAAAACAGGAACUGGACUUGAAGGAGAGAAUGCUGCGUAAAUUACUUGGUGAAAAUCGACGAGGGUCGUUGAAUCUGAAUAUUUUCGCCAAGAGAAAUAAACUGAUGAAUGAGCUGGCUGAUUUACGAACAAGUAAAAAAGAGCUUGAAGAAUCUCUUGAAUAUGCAAAUGAAGCAGAACGUCACCACAACUUACAUGUGAAGAAAACAGCAGAAAGCUGUGAAUAUGAAGUACAGAAAGUUCAAAGAGAAGCUCAUAUGGAAAUCAAACAAUUGAUUGAACAGUUAAAGAAUAAGGACAAGAUUAUUUCGCAUUUAGAGAAAGAGUUGGGACAGACCGCAGGCUAUGCCUUAUCACUACAGCUGGACCGAAACCACCAAAACAAGAUGUCCGCAGCUACCCUCACCGCUGGCACGGACAGACAGCUUUCUUUCUCCAGUCCCCUUAAACACAACCAAACGCUCAAAACUUUCAGUCUGGAUAAUUCAUAUAAUGAAAAUCAGACUGAAGCUGGUUUGGAACUGGAGACAGAAAGUAACCAAUCAGAUGAUUCCAUCCUAGAUAAACAAGCGGUGAAGAAAUUGAAAGAUCUGGAAGAACGCCAUAAAUCAUUAAAAGAAAGAAACCGGAAGUUUUUAGAGAAAAAUGUUGAACUGACAUCAGAGAAUCGCAACUUAAAGGACCAAAUCAGUUCCUUGACUGAAGAAAGUGGAAAGUUGAAGGAACAAUCUGAACAUUCCAAAAGAAAAGCCACAGUUUAUGCUCGUCAGUUAAGUCAAGAAAAACUCAAACUUGUGAACUUUGAACUUCAACUGUCAGAAUUACAUAAACUACGUCAACAAUUAACUGAACAAACCAAAACAAUCACCUCACUAAGACAAUCAUGCAGCGAAAAAGAUAGAAGAAUGGAAUUAAUACAACAUCAUAAAAAACGGCGUAAAUUACGUCGGUCACAAGAAAAAUGUCGUGGGGUUAAAGAAACUUUUUACGGGUAUGAUGAAGAUCAACGAUCAAUGGAUUCCGAAAAUUCUCUAUCUUUAUCAUCAACUUCUCACGGGACAUUGUCUGAUGAUGAUCUCUGGGACGAGUUGUCCCGUGAGGAAAGAGAAAAAAGUUACCAGAAAUUAAUGAAAGAACAUUUACAGUUAGAGAAAUCGCAUGCUCUAUUGAUGAAACAAACAGACAACUAUCAAGAUCCACAACGCAGCAAUCAAUUACGGUGUGACCUUGAACAUAAUUUAAUCCUAUCUCAAGGUCGUAUAGAAGAAUUGGAACAAGUUUUGAGAAGCUCAGGGAAGGAUGAUAUUUGUGAUUUAUUGAAGGAACGAGAUAGACUGGUUAAUAUGAAUGAAAUGUUGGAGAAUCAGUUACAAGAAUCAGAGAAGAAUCGUGUGGAACUAUCAGAAGAAUUGGCAGAGAAAAGGGACCAGAUGGAAGACAUGGAGUUUCAGAUUCUAGAAUUCCAGGAAUCUGUUGAUGAGGCUCCAAAAUGUUCGCAAGGGGAGACUACUCAAGAUGACAAUAAUGAAUCCCUCAUAAAAGAAAAGCUGUCUAUAAGUCUAAAGUCUGAACUUGAAGGAAAGAUGGAGAUUGAAGAAUUAAGACAAGAAAUUGCAGGUCUUCUGGAAGGAAGGGGGAAAGAAGUUGAUGUUAUUUUACAAAAAUUAGACACGCUAAAAAAUGCUGAGCAACAAAUUGAAGCACUUGAAGUUACAGCAAGAGAACUUCAAGCCAAGGUCAUUAGUCUGCAACAAGAUAAGACAAAUCUUGAAGAACUGUUAGCAGACGCACAACAAAAGGCAUCACAACACAAGGAACCAAUCAUGAAUCCUGAUGCUCCAGAUCUUAGUCAGAUGGAAAUGUUGGAUUUGAAGGACCAAAUUUCAGCUCAUGAAAUCUCAGAGCUGGAACUAAUGGAGAAAAAUAUCGAACUUCAAGAAAAAUUGGCGGAGUUCGAAAGUAAUUCCGAAAAUCAGAUAAUGCAGAUUGUAGAUCUGGAAAAUAAAGUGAAGUCGCACAAACAAAAACUUGACACCUUCCAAAACAAAACUUCAAUGUCCCAAAAUCAACCAGAGUUUGACCAAAACUUCAGAACAGUUACCAAGGAGAUUGAGAAGCUGGUAGAAAAAGCAGCCAAUCCUGUUCCAACGAAGUCAAAGACCAAAAACUUUGGUAACCAAACUGAUGUUAUAUUACAAGCCAAUAAUAGCUCUGACGAGGUUAAAAGUUUGGAGAAGAAGUUACAGAAGAUGCAUGAAGAAAACCUAAAACUUAAGCAGAAGUUAGAACGUAAACUUUUAGAUUAUGAUAGCGAUAAAUCGAGUGAUGACGAAAGGGAAAGUAGAAUAAGCGAGUUAGAAAAUGUUUGUGAAGAGUUGAAGGAACGAUCGUAUGGAGCCGAACUUGCUGAACGUCAAAUCAAGGAACAAUUAAAAUUAGCCGAACAGACGAUUAAUGAUUUGGAGAGUAGUGAAGGGAUGCUGAGAGAGAAAUCUGAGAAGUUGAAAUACCGAGAUAACGAAGCUAAGAAACAAGUAAAAGAAUUACAUCAUAUCGUUGAGGAAAUGAAGGAUAUUAUACAAGAGAAAGAUAUUGUGGAAUUAUCUCUACGCGAGAAGGUUCAGUUUUUGGAGAAAGUGGAGUCUGCUUCAAACCAACAGAUAGCAGAAUUACAAGCCUCAGAAUUCUCCUUAAAAGAACAAGUUAGCACCCUAGAAAAACACCAGACGGACCCAGAACUCAUCACAGAGUUAAAACAUCAAAUACAAGAGUUGGCCGUGGAAAAUGAACGUCUUGGUUCAAGAGUUGCCGAAUUAGAAGAAGAGGAAGAAAUUCUGCGCGAUAAUUGGCGUAAAGUUGCAGCAGAGGAUGCUAAAAGAGCCUUCAAUCAACAAGAAAAACUUCAGCUAUUAGAGCUCAUGAAUCGUGAAUUAAAAUCUAAGUUACAUGAGUCUCAGGAAGCAGCUGCAAUAAGCAUUUUGAACAAUUCUUCGUUAGCUAUGGAACUCUCUGAAUCACAAGGACAAAAUGAAUUCUCUAACCCAUCCAGCGAAGUUUCAGAUCUUCAACUUAAAAUCCGACAUCUUGAAGAUGAGUUAUUAGAAGUGACAGAAAUCAAAAAUAACAAAAUCGAACUUUUGCAAGAAAGAAUAGAAAAGUUCAGAGAAAAUGAAAUUAAACUGAGUGAAACUGUCAUGGAGGCAGAAGUCGCCGAAGCAGAACUGAAAUCGAGACUUGCUUUUUAUGAAUCCUCACAAGUGACUGUUGAAAAAAUUCUUGAUUACGAGGACAAGCUUCAUGAACUUCGCAGCUCACAAGAAGACUUAUUGGAACAACUUCAUUCUUUGGAAAACCACGAAGAAGAUCUUACUGAAAAGUUGGAACGAACUGAGAAAGAGCACAAAGCACAAAUUUCCCGAUUAAAAGCUGAAAUCAGCAAAUACAAAGAAAGAGAAAAGUCUUCAACCAAAAAACUAAGCUCUUUAGAAAAACAUGAAGAAGAAUUGAUGGAGAAAGUUACAAAAUUUGGAAUCGCUGAAAAACGACUUCAGGACAAAGUUGAAGCCAGGGAAGCUGUGAUUUCUGAACUUAGGUUAAAAAUUGAAGAAAAAUCUGAUAAAAUUCGAGAACUUGAUUCUACUAAAACAGAAAUGUUUAACCAGAUUACUAAGUUACUUGAUAACGAGAAGAUCCUUAACGAUAAGAUUACUGAGUUGAAGAAGUCAGUUACCAAUUAUAAAUCUGUUGCAGACUCCAAAUCUGGAUCAGUAGAAAGCUUAAAACAUGGUUAUGAAAAUCAGAUUGAAAAAAUGGAAACACAAGCCCAGACCCAGUCUGAGAAAAUAUUACAGUUAGAACAAAGUUUUAGUGUUGAUUCUGAAUCGAGAGAUGAAAAAAUUAAACUUCUCGAAAAAGAAAAUUCUGAAUUAGUUAAAAAACUUGAAUCUCUGAAAAAGAAAUCUAGUGCAAAGAUCAAGCAGUUGGAAAAAUGUGUUUUUGAUGCAGAAGAGCGCGAAAAUCAGUGUAGGGAUAAUGUCACGUCUGCCAAUAACAAAUUAUCACUGAGCAGAAGUGAUAUAUUGGAAUCUGAAUCGCGUUUGGAAGAAAUGAUCACAUCCGAACAAAAAUUGAAAGAAAAUAUAAAAUAUUUGGAAGAAACUGUUGUGGUAGGCUUAGAAAAUGAAGUUUGUGAUUUAAAAAAUAAAAUCUUUGAUCUGAACAAUAAAAUAAAUGAAUUGACAUCGAAUAAUUCUGAUAUGGACGAUUUGUUAAUUUUACAAGAGAAGUUGGAUAAGGAAGUUAAAAUCAAUCAGACUCUUUCGGAAUCAAAAAAUCAAUUAGAAAGUGAAUUAGAAAAUGUUACACAUUAUUCUGAAACUAUAAAAACAAAACUCGAAAACUUAGAAUUAAAAAAUAAAGAACUUGUGAAACUAAGAACUGAAACAGAAGCUAAAAUGGGAGACAGUCAUCAAGAAAUAUCCAGAUUGCGGGAAAAGAUUGAAGUUUUAUUAGACGGUGAAAGCCGGUUGAUGGACAGAGUAAGUGAAUUAGAAGAAUCAGAAAGAAAACUGACCGAUGAAAUGGAAGGACUUAAAUCCAGCACCACCCUUGAAAUUUCAGAGAUCCCAAAAGAACAGUCCACAACAUUAGAAUCAUCCUUUUUUGCCAGACGUGAAUCAUUUGCUUCAAAUAAACGAGGUUCCAUAGGUGCUUAUUCUGAUACUAGUGACAAUGAAUUAAGUGGCAGCAUGAAAAUUUCUUCCUUAUACCAAAGAGUUCAAGCCUUGGAAGCAGAGAAAGAGGAAUUAACUGCUCGACUGUCCGAAGCAUCAGCAACAGAAUCUAGUUUAAAACAACUUAAAGACAAGAUUAGACUUCUGGAAGAAUCUGAGGAUAGGUUGAUGGAAAGGGUAAUGGAACUAGAAGAAAAUGAAGACAGAUUAAAGAAAGAAAUCAACAGUCUGAAAGAUGAUGCCAACUUAGAAUUGGUUACAUUCAAUGAAACAGAAUUAAAGAGAUCCAUUGAUAAGUUGAAGCAUGAAAAAGAAAGUUUAGAAAGCGAAAUUCAACUUGUGGAGGAUCAACUACAAGAAGAGAAACAAAGAUCAUCCAAAUUACAAGACAGAGUGACAUAUUUAGAUACUUUGGAGACAAAUAAUAAGAGCAGCAUUGCAAGACUUGAAAUAUCCAAUGAUGAUCUAAAAACUAGAUUAACCAAUACAGAAGAUAAACUUAAAGUCGAAAAGAACAAAUCCGUCAGCUAUGAUACCAAAAAUAAGAAUCUCACCAAGGAAUUGGAAGCAGCUAAUGAAAAAAUGAAGCAAGAUCGUGAACGAGAAGUGGAGUCAUUGAAGACAAUGGAGACAACUCUAAAGAAAACUAUCAAAGAACUGACAGAAGAGAAAGCCGAUCUGGAAAACCAAUUCAUAGAAACUCAACAAGAACUAAAAGAGGAGCGUGGAAAACUUGAAACCAAACUACGAGAGCAGAAACUCAACUUCGAUAACCUCCAAAAAUCAAAAGUACAGUUGGAUGAAGAAUUGGUGGAUAUGAAACAAAAAGCUAAACAACUACAAAACGAACUCACAAACUCACAGAACAAAAUACAGUUCAUGCAAUCAGAGUAUGAAUCCAAGGCCACAGAUCUUGAAAAGAAAGAAACAGAACUCAGAGAGAAGGUAAAGGAGAAGACCAGGACUGAAUUUGAUCUGAAGAAAAAAGUUCAGAAUUUAGAAAAAUUGAUCAAACAAAAUCAAGCCGAUUCAGAAGAAAUGGACCAGAAAUGCACGAAAUUAGAAAAAUCCUUCAAUGAAACCUCAACCCACAACAACAUCCUGAAAGAAAAAGUGCAAGCAUUAGAAGAGGAACUAUCCAAGUAUACCUCACUCAGUGAUGAAUACAGAACCAUGAAGGUUGUGCAAUCUGAAACCAGUACCGAGUUGGAAGUUCUUCGAGAAAAACUGACAGACUUUACAUCCACUAAGAAAGAACAUGAUUUAUUGUUAGAAGAGAAUGCUAAUUUUAGAACAAAGAUCCAAGAAUUAGAAAAUACUUUAGCUGAUUAUCAAAAUCUUCAAGAAGAUCAUGAACAUUUAAUAACGGCACAUCGUGAAAGUGGAAACCGUUUACAACAACUUGAAAAGUGUUCUAUUGAGUUGAAUGAUCUGAAACGCGAACAUGAGAAACUUUCCUUCAUUCAUUGUGAUUCAGAGCAAAAACUUAAUUCUGUGAAAGAAAUGUUAGGUGAUUUUGAAAUCUUGAAACAAAAACAUGCUGAAAUCCUUGAAGUUAAUCAGAAUUUAGAAUCUCGUUUAGUAACUAUGGUCAACCCAGAAGAUCACGAAAAUGUAGUAAAAGGACUGAAUGAGACUCUAGACAAGAUGAAGAAUUUGGAGCAAGAGGUCAUUGAUGUAACUGAAAGAACUCGAUCUGAAGAACAAACCAAAAGCGCUGUUAAAAUAAAAGCUUUAGAAAGGACCAUUGAGGAGUUCUCUACACUACAAGAUGAGUACAAAUCCCUUCUUAAAAUACAUCAUACAGCCAAUCAGACAAUUUCGGAUCUUGAAGAUGAAUUAUCAGAAUAUGAGAAGAGAAAACAAUCAACCACAAUCUCAACACAAACAGACUCAAAUGCAGACGUAUCCAAUGAAAGUGCAGUGUUUAGCGAGAAUGAUUCUCCAACUCAUCGAUCAAUUCUGCACAAAACUGAAGAUCGAACAUCCUUUAUAGAAACUCCCUUCCAAUCAAAACACUCCAUUUCAUUAACUUCUGCCAACCCCAUGAAAAAAUCUUUUGUCUUAUCCAAACCCAAGACUAUUGGUUUGCCUGUUAAGAAACACAGCACUGGUUCCUUAGAUAUGUCACAUUCAAAUAGAGAGCUGGAAAAUCAAAUUAGACAGUUAGAGGGAGAGAACUCCAGACUGAAAGAAGCAAUGGAGCAGAAGAUAGAAGUCAUCCAGACAUUCCAGAAUGAAAUGGAACAUGCAACAAAAGUUUUGAAUGAAAUUUCUGGUGAACAGUCAACUAGCUAUGAGAAGUGUGUUAAUCAUGAGAUUCCAGUAUUAAGUGAAAAGAUAGAAAAUCUGAGACGUUUAGUAACAGAAGCCAGAGCACAAGAAACAAAUAUUAGAAGUCGAAUAUGCAAUGGAGAUCAUGGUGAAUUCAACACUAAAAUUGCUCAACUUCAGAGAGAAGAGAAUUUGCUGCAUGAAAAAAUAUCUAAAUUAGAAAAUAGUAAUAAAGAACUGAACGAUCGUUUAAAGAAACUACCUACCUCAGCCAAUCGUAGCUCAACGAGUCCCGAUGGAGAUCGAAGAAAGUCGUCAUAUUUAAAAGAAAAAAUUAAGUUUUUUGAAUCUGGUCAGAAAGAAGAAGCAGACGACAUGUUAGAUAAACCAGAAGAUGUUUUGCGUCAGCAGAUUGCAGACAUGGAGGUUCUUCGACAACAGGUUGUAGAUCUGGAACAUGAUCGGGAUAAACUCCAUGACAACGCCAGACGUGAUAAACAAAUCAUCCAUAAUCAACACAUUGAAAUCAGUGAACUGCAACUAUCCGAAAAAAUGUUAAAAGAACAGGUCAACGCUUUAACACGUUCGGAACGAGAACUUUAUGAAAAAGGAACUGCCCUUGAAGAUCAGAUCGCUAAACAAGAAGAUCAAAUUCACGAGCUACAGAUUCUUGAAAGACGUUUAAGAGAGUUGGUCCGCAAGUUGAAACUUGAUGAAGAACAAUGGAUGGCCAAAAGUGAAAAUAUGGUUGCUAACAUGGAAGAUUUAAGCCAUUCAGAAACUGUGUUAAAAACUAAAAUAGGCGAUCUAGAAAUAGACAAUUCUAAAAUGGCGGAUAAAUUAGAAUAUUACGAACUUCGUUUAAAAGAAUUAGAGAGUUCAGAAGUGACAUUAAUUCAGAAAGUGAAACAUUACGAAAAUAUGGAAUCUAGAUUACAAGCUAAGUUUAAAGAUUUAGAAAAUUGUCGAACUGCUGCGAAUAGUCAGGCUUCGGAGCUUGAUAUUGUUAGCACAGAUCUCGAAAGUAGAUUAGAGCAUGCUCUAGAAGAAAAUAACAUCUUGGCACGUCAUGUGACUGAAUUACGCACACAAACUCAGGAUAUCGAUCGUCAGUUAUUAAACACAAAAGAUAAUGAAGUAGGAUUAAAACAGCAUGUCGCUAGUUUAGAAAAAAGUGAAACAGUGCUACAAAAACGUGUUAAAGAGUUCGAAUUACGAGAAAUUGACAACCGAGCCGAAAAUCGUGAAAUUCAACAAACUGUGGCCAUUUUGAAAGAUCGUAUUAGUGCUUUACAAAGAAAUGAAAAUCGUCUGAAGUUUAAGAUUCAGGAAUUAGAAUCAGGGGAUGUUCAGAGUUCAACACAUUCAGAAAACAAGAAACUUCCGGAAAAUAUUGAAGAUUGUCAUCAACGAAUAAUAGAAUUGCAAGAUGUAGUUGCUAAAUUACAAAGAUCUGUGGAUGUAAAUGAUAACCAUGACAACAAAGAGAUCCAGGAGAGAGAAUUAUGGGAAGAAGCAGAAAGACAAAUGGAAGAAUUAGAAAGAUUAAACCACCAUCUGAACAGUUUAGUACAAGAUGAGAAAAAUGGCAAGGAAAUCAGUGGUCAAGAGGUGGAUAUUGCUAAAUUAAACAGGAGACUUGAAUCAUAUCAAGAUUUCCUACUUAGACUGAAGCAGAACUUGCUAAUAAGGCGGGGAUCCUCUUUAGAACAUCCUGAAUCAGGUGUAUGUCAGGGUUCUAAUCAGAUACAACGUGGAGAUCUUCAGUCUCUGGAGAAUAAGAGGGUUAUGCAAUCAGUCCGUGGCUUGACAACGCAAACAGAGGAAACGACUGUUAAGGGCAGCCAGCAAGGGUUGCUAAAAACAAGUCGUAAUUUUGAAAGGCAGUCAGAUGAUAAGUAUUUGAGUCGAUCUGAUGUCAUAGCUCACGAAGAGCAAAUAAAGAGGGAUACAAGUGGAGUAUAUUCAUCUCCACCAAAUCGAUCAGCUUCUAAGGAGGUUAAAAAGAGGCUGAAUCACUUUGAAUCCAACAACAUGGAGUCUUCUAAAGAUGAAGGACGUUGGAAUAAUUCAAAAUCGGCAAAGCCUGCGUCCGACGACGUAUUUGAUGUUUCGAAUGGCUGGACAAGUGUUGCCAAGGCAACAUCACUGUCUCAGCCGCAUCAAGGAAAAGGCUAUGAAGAAUUAGUGAUUGGAUUGACGCUUCCUUCAGAAAGUGAAGGUCAAUCUGCGAAUGACACUGAUUCCGCGAUGUCAAGCCCUGAUGUGCCGCAAGCACAAAAAAGCUCUUCCAAAAGAAGAAGCAAAGAAUUAGCACCACCUUUACCAAAGAGUUUACCACCAACCUUGUCGGGAAAAACUGUUUUCGCUCAAGAUUCGUAUUAUUUGCCCAGUUUUGAGAAGGGUUCCGUGGGCAGUACUGAUGGGGAAUUGGACAAUAAUAGUUUAGUGUCGCCCCCUAGGGGUAAGGACAGUAUUACGCCAUCCCCAGAAGCAGCUGCAGUGCACCCUAGUGACAAUGUGUAUGUGUCAACACUAGGUUUGGAAUAUUUAACUGAGGGACAAGCACCUAUUCGAAAUUUUCCUUCGUUAGAUAGUGUAGCAGAUAGUGGGCGAGGAACAGUAGCUUCAAAUGUGGGUCAGCUACAUAAUCUGGUGGAUAAAAUAGGAUUUAUUGAAAAACAGCUUCAGGAAACAAAUGAAGAAACAGAGACUGAAGAAGAAAGUAUGUUCUCAUGGAAAACAAAAGCAAGUGAACGAGGACAGCAGCUUGAAGUAGCUUCUUCAGCAAAUAGGCAGAUACAAAAUGAGAUAAAUCUGUUAGAGAAAGAAGUAGAAGAGAAGAACAGAUAUAUAUCAACCCUGGAUCAAUGGUUACAUUCAUUUGAAGAAAUAUUCAAAAAUAAGGAUAUCAAGAGUGAUCGGGAUAUCAUUCAGCAACUACAAGCUGACCUUGUAAAGGUCAAAGGUGAACUAACUAACUCAGGUCAACGUAAGGAGGACAUAUCUAAAGAUCCGGCUGCCUUACAGACACAAUUAACCAGUAAAAACAGAGAACUUUCAGCUAAGAGAGAAGAGGUAGAAACAUUGCUGAGAGUAAUUAGAAGUUGGCAGGAGGAAUGUCGUACAAUUGAAAAUAUGAGAUCAAAUGCUCUGGAUUCACUUCGUGCUCUGGAAGUAGAGGCUCUAGAACUACAAGAUGUCCAUAGUGAUCUUACUGAGAUGAAAAAUGAAUAUGAUUCUCUUAGAGGACAGCUAGCAGACAUCAGAGAUAAAUGUAAAGAUUAUGACGUAGUUUCGGAGGAGAAUCAUGAACUUGAGGAACAGGUUGAAAGGUUAAAAAGUCGUCUUCAUGAAUUGGGUUUCAUAGAAGUGGAGAAUAGCUCUUUGGGAGGACAGUUAGAAGGCGCAACAAAACUUUUAAACGAUAGGAUGAACAAGGUAAAGGAACUAACAGAAGAGACUGUAAGAUUAAAUGAUAGAGUUAAAGGUCUGGAGAAUGAGAAUGCAUCAUUCCAGUCUGUGAAAGAAGAAUAUGAUAGUCUCAGAGCUAGGUUUGAUGAAAUUGAAAGUAGUAAAGAGAAAGCUUUGACAGAUGUAGCUCCAUUAAAAGCUAAGGUUGCCAGACUUUCACAAAAUUGUCACGAAAAGAAUUCUUUAAUCCGACGUUUAGUGGAUGAACUUCAAACAAAGGGAGGGAAAUCUGUGUUACUAGAUGAACUUAGACGAUUGGAGGUUGCCAUGACAGAUGAAUCAGACAUUGAAGGACUAAUAACUGCAUCUCCUUUGGCUUCAACGAGUCACAUGGCUCCAAGGUCACAAGUUUAUAGAAAUCAAGGUCGAACAAGCCCAGCUUACUCAUCGUCAAGUUCUUCAAUCAGUGAUGCCAGAGACCUCCUUAGUGAUACAGAACUAAUGUCAGCUCCAGAACAUCGGUUACCACAGCGACCAAGAUCUGCUGAACAUGCUUCCAGACAAAAUCGCCAUACAAGGCGCCAUCUAUCUUCAAAAACAGACUAUCUUACACCAAAUAAGGAAAUGAGGAAUACACAUGCGUCACCUGAUGAGCCGAAACUGUACAUGGCAUUAGCUGAUUAUAAUCCACAACUAUUCUCUCGUAGUGAUAAACCAUGGUUGGAGAUUCCACUACAAGAGGGAGAUCGAGUCAAAGUCAUUGGUCAGUUAAGCCAUAGUGGAUAUUAUGAAGCAGAAGUCAACAAUCGUGUAGGACUAGUUCCAGCCUCUUACCUACAGCCUCUUCACCACAGUCCCGAAUGGUAUCAUUCCGCCAUUCAGGGAAGACGUAUACAAAAUUUACAGAGCACUCCUAGAAAUCAGGAAGGUAGUCCAGAGAAAAUAGUUAACAUGUUCCAUCAGUUAAAUCAAGUUCAACCAUCACCUAUCAAUGCCACUGGUACGUCUACGAGCCAUUUUCAGCCUGUCAGUGGAAAUAAUCAAACUACUCAGACUAAAGGUCAAGGUCAAACAACAACCACAACUCAAACAUUUUACAACAUUCCUCCUAGAAAACCUCCUACUUCUAGACAAGCUGGAGCACCAGAUCCACCCAGCAAUUUCAAAGUCCAGAAAAUCAUUGGUGGCAACAGUCUCAUGUUGUCAUGGUUACCACCAAAAUUAAAUGAAUUAAACCAAAGUAAUGGUUCCCCAGUAACAGGCUAUAGGAUAUUUUGCAAUGGACAAAUUCGACAUCAAUCCCAUAGUCCUUUGUUAGCUAAAGCUGUGAUAGAGAAUAUUCUUGUUGCUAGGCAACAUAAAUUUUCAAUACAAACAAUGGCGGCCAAUGGCCAUGUUUCUACCUCUGUUUCCAUCACAUAUGAUGGAGUGGUCACGCCAUCUAGUGGCAGUGACAGUGAUCACGAAUCGGAUGCAGAUCUGUCCUCCAUAUUUUCCAAGGUCAGCCAAGGUCAAGGUCCAAGAAGACAGUUUAUUGGCGUUUAUGAUUACAAUCCGCAGCAUCAUUCGCGGCAAGAUUUAACUGGUCAAGAGUUAUCAUUCCAAACAGGGGAUGAAAUUACUGUGUUUGGUAAUCAAAGACCAGAUGGCUUUUACCAUGCUGAGAUAAAUGGUAAGAAAGGUCUGGUUCCAGCCAGAUUUAUAGAAGAACUUCCUUCCUCACCUUCCAAAAACACUAAGUCAAAUAAGUCAUAUUCAGCUCCAGUUCAACCUCUUUACAGAUCAACAGGAAGUAUAUAUAGUCGUGGAAACCACUCAUUACCCCCUCAUUCACAACCUCAUUAAAAAUAUCAUAGCAUGAUUUUAUUUAUUAUCAUAUUUAUAUAUCACUAUAUAUACCACCAUGAACUAUAUUAUGUAAAUUAAUUCUUAGAAAAUCACACAAAAAAAUCUUGUAAUGAGAAAAAACGUGAACAGAUUAUAUCCGACCUUCAUCUGCAUUAAAUCAUUCAUGCAGCUCAUCAAUCAACAUUUAUUUUAGUUAAAUAAGAUCUUUAUUUUAGUUAAAUAAGAUCAUCAUUUUAGUUAAAUAAGAUCAUUAUUUUAGUUAUGUAUUAAUAUGACACUUCCAGACAUUACUGCCAAAUAUAGGUUAUUUUCAUGAUUGCUUAAUAUCAUUUAUAUAAUGGUGGAAUUUGUAGAAAAUAUUACCUGGAACAGGGUAAGGCCCUCAUUUCAAAAUUUUACCUGUUUAACACUUUACACCUCUUUCGGUUAGACAUGUAGAUCAUCCUUAAAUAAAAUCAUUGAUCUUAUUUGUUCCAUUGUUUUAAGGAAUUAAAACUUGAUUUUCCAACAUUUGAAUUGAUUGACAGGUAGAACUGUUAGCAUGUCAUUUUCACAUCCAAGUUGGCAUUAACUGAUGGAAUAGCCCAAAUGAAAACCACGUUUUGGCUGACAUUUCACUGGAGUGUUUUGGUCAAGAUUUAAAAAUGGCUUUACAUUGUAUGGUAUACUGUUGCUAACAAGGGAUUGAAAAAGAUUUAUAAACUUCAUGAAAAAAAUAGGAUUGAAAUUUAAUUUAUUAAAAAUAAUUCUGAAAUUGAAAAUGUAUGAUAAAGGUUGAAAUAGGGUUGAAAUUCAUUUUAUUAAAAAAAAAAAAUUAUAAAAACUAAAUUCGAAUGAAUUUAAAGCUGUAUUGUGAAUGUAUAUAAUAAAAUAUAAAAUAGGUUAAAAUAUAUAAUACACGUGUAUGUAUAUAAUAAGAUAUAUUCUUAGGUUUUGUCAUUCUAUGUUAAUCAAUUUGGGAGUUCCUUAGGCAUUUUAUAUCUGCUUCUCAAUACAUAUAUAAAGGUUGUAUGAGGGAUUUCUAUCAUAAAAUGCCAAAUUUUUAAGCAGCAAAUAUGUACAUGAGGUUAAACAAAUAUAAUAUAGAAUAUCAUUGAGAAUGAACAUUUUUGUUACAGUAAGCAUAUUAUAUGGACUAAACUUAAGCAAAUGUUUAUUUACUAGCGUUAAGCAUGUUAUAUUUUCUAUUGAUUCCUUAUGAUUAAACAUAUCCAUUUAUCCACACAAAAAUUUUUUUUUGAAAAGAAAGCUGUAAAAAAAAAAGGCAAGCAAACUUUUGAAAAAUAAUAACUAAAAAAUUUAUUCAGAAAAUUGUCUUUAUUAAAAGUAGCGGUUUAAUAAAAACAGUUUUGUGAGGGAAAAAAAAAAAAAAAAAGAGUAAACAUUUACUGGAAAUGACCAUUUGUUGUACAAACAUGUCUCAGUUGAAAGUAUUGAUUCAUUGAAUUUUUAAUUUCAUCUUAUAGAAAAAGAUUUUCACAAAAUUGGUUUAAUAAAAAGUAGCGGUUUUAUUAAAACAUUUUUGUCAGAAAAAUAUCGGUAAUAAUAUGUAAAUGCAAGAGUAUUGUCUGUAAAACAAAAACAAACAAAAAAAUACUAAAAGAAUACAAGGAUAUUAUUUUCAUAGAAAAGUUCCAAUUUAAAAGUAACGGUAUAAUUGAAACAUUUCUAUGAAAAAUCUUCCAAAGAAAAAAAAAAAAAAAAAAUUGAAACAGCUCAAAAAUAUAUAUUAUUAAAUUAAAAUAAUGAAAUUUUAUACUUUGAGAGAAUUGUGUUAUUUAAAAGUUUAAUUUAUACAAUUCUGUGAAAAAAUCUUACACAGGAGAUAAUAUGAUGAGCUAGAAGAAAUUUCGAAGAAAAAAAAUAAAUAAAAACAACAUAAAAAUAUGUAUUUAAAUUUAUUAAUUUAAAAAUAAGGAAAAUUUUGUACUUUCAGAGAAUUGUAUUAAUUAACAGUAGCGGGUUAAUUAAUACAGUUUUGUGAUUAAAAUUUGACUAAAAAUAUAUAUGAAGUCUUACAUUUGUAAAAUAUAGAAAAAAAAAAUGUUUUCUUUUUUCUAUAAUUAAGUGUUGGCAGCUGAAUUAUAUUAUUUUUUAUAAGAUAUUUAAAAAAUAAUUAUUUCAAGGCAUUAUAUAAGAAAAUGGAAUGUAACAAUUUGUAUUUUGAUGCUGUUGUAUUAAGCUUAAUAUUAUUGUGUGGAAAUUUGAAUGUUGCUACCUCUAUAUCAAAUUUAUUAUUGAGAAGCAUAAAAAAAUAAUAAAAUUUAAAAAGGGUUUAUAACAAAGUUAUGUUUAUACAAUCUUUGAUCUGUAAAUUUUGUGCAUGUUGGUAAUCUUUUAGUUGCGUUUCAUUUGUCAUUUAUUAAGCAUCUUAUGGUUGUAGCAUAAAUUUUCAAAGAAAAUUAUCAAUAAAAAGAUAUAUAUUUUUUUGAGGUGUGUGAGCAGUUGGAAUUUUUUACCAACUAAUAAAGGAGCAUAACUAUUACCGUCAUUGAAUUAGACCACUAUUAAAAUUAGAUGUUGCAUUAACAUUUAUUAAAAUAAUUAUUUCAUUAAAAAUCUAUUUUGUGUUGUUAAGAAAAAAAAUAGAAAAAAAAUGAUAACAGUAUAUCAUAUAAAGUAAAUGCCAAAGGCCUAAAUGAAAACUUAAUUAAACCUACUUUAAGAAUGCAGCCAUUUCACAUUGACAAGGAGUUAAAAUGUGUUACUACAAAUUUUAGCAUUUGGCUAAUGAAUGGUCUGGUCUGUGUGGUUAAAAGUUCGUAAAAUAUAUUUUCUGAUGCAGGCGGUUCUGUAUAUUUGGAAAUAAAAUCCUAGAACAAAUUUCAGAUCUUGGCUAAUGAAAGGUCUGUAUUCUUAAAAGUUUUUAAUGAAUAAAGCCCUAGAACACUUCAGAAAUUAAACCCAGGAAAUAUUUUCUACAAAUUCAGACAGUAUAAUAUUUUGUAUGUAAUUAUGAUUUAAAUGCAUUUAACUUCAGUUAUGUAUCAGCAAUAUUUAUUUUUUAAUUGUAAAUUAUAUAAAUUUUAUUGAUUUAAAUUAAUAAAAAGUGUUGUUAUUAUGCAAUGCAUGUUUUAUUCAAUAUUCAAGAUUCAAAUGGUGCUAAUUUUUCUGUAAUUAUAGAUUUCCUUUUAUGACUAAUAAAUGUACAUACGACCAUUUUCUUUUGUGGGAUUUUCUAUUAGAAUUAUCUACAUUGACAAAAUGGAAUGAACUCACUUGAAUUUGAAUUUAAUUUUGUUUGUAAAUAGAAAUUAGGACUAAAAGGAAUUAAAAUAUGAGAGAGUAUUCAGAGUAUUUAUAUGUUAUAUUUAUAAAGUUUAGAUGAAUAGUUAAUAGAAAUUUCCUUUAUUCUAUUUUCAUAUAUUAUAUUUAUUCAUAGUUAAAUACAUAGCAUUACCCUACCAAUAAACACAAAUAAUAAAUAUAUUCAAAUAAGGGAGACAACUCCUUGUUAAUGGCUUUGUCAAUUUUUUUUAUUAAAGAAAAAACAAAUAAAUUUAUAAUUUCCUGUGAUAUUAUCAUUCAUUUAUAGAUAAUUCUCAUCAAUCAUUUCAUCAAUCCCAAUUAAAGGGGGUAAUCAAAUAAACAGCUGGAAUCACUGACCACCAUACUACUCAAGAAGAAAAAACAUAAUUUCUUUAAUCCAGAAAUAUAUAAUCCCAGACAAGAGCAAAUACUGGGUUGAAUGAGAUUAAAUUUGACUUAAUGUUUUUCAUUAACAAAUCUUCUGUCACCUAAUUAUGUUAUGUGAUGUGAUUGAAACCCGAUUUUUUUUUUGUGCCAGCAUUCAUCAUAAUAUUAAUAUUAAUAUAUUUGUAUUUUUGUUUUUGUAAUCAAUAUUUAACGAUUAUUAAAACUUUGUGAUAAUCUC